AUGCAGGUGCCGUUCCUCGACGACAGCCUCAUGGGCGGUCCUCUUUACUGUACCCUGAAAGAUUUCGAGCUACCGUGCCUCCGUCAGUGCGCCUUUGAACCGAGCACUAUCGCUUGGGAAGAUAAGCUCGGCGGCGGACUCGAUGGAUAUGUUUGGAAGGUCCGGUUCGGAGAGAUGGGCCCCUUUGCCCUGAAAGUAUUCUGGGACACAGAUCCGCCCGACUUCUAUCACUACUACGCCGCUCAGCGAGAGUGCCAAAAUGCUUCCCUCUUCCAGAUGAUGGAGGUGGCGAUUGCGCAGGCCGCCGCAGAGUCCAAACCCAUCCAAGUCUACGCGGAUCCUCGAACACAGAGCGAGGCGCUGGAUAACCUCUACGCCUUCUCCGACGAGGGUCGCUUGACGCGGUCUUCCAGAAGGAGCUUUAUGACAGUAUCGGUUACGUCGAUGCCACGAAUGAGAAAGUGUUUCGGCUGGCUGAGACUCAGCGGCGACGUGUUCCACGCUCUCCCCUUGGAGUUGAAGGCGCCGUCUUUUACCAUCUCCAAGAUCCAGAGGUCUAUGUCGUUCGAUAAGGAGUAUAUUGCCCUCGUUUACGAGUUUAUCGAGGAGGGCAGGAACGAUGAGGCAGUCGUCGAGGAAGUAGACCGCUUCUUUUGGCUCGCUGGUUUUAGCCAUACCCUCUCGCCGUCUAUCAAGAACUGGAAAAGCGGAGUGUUGGUAGACCUCGCAGAUAUGGUUCACGCUGGCGGCUAUGGGUGGAAGAAGCAGCUCUACGGGCCGAGAACGGCAGACAUGAUCUUGAUAGAGUGA